CCCUCCCUGCCCCCGCUCCUGUCCCCUGCUGCCUCCUCGGCAGGCAGCCUCUCUUCCUUCUGGCAAGGCGUCCAGCCACGGCCUGCUGCUUCUUCCUGGUCCAGGGCGCCUCUGGCAGGCGCUUCCCUCCCUCCCUCCCUCUCUCCUUCCCUCCCUCCGGUGGCCGAAGCCUCCUCCCCUCUCCUGCUCCGCGUCCCCUUUCACCCCGUCCCUGCCCUGGAGUCUGCAAACAUGAGGGUCUGGGCCUGCCUUAUCGUGGCUCUGAUGGGGAUCCAGGCUGUUGAGCGGCUGCGUCUGGCUGACGGCCCCCACGGGUGUGCCGGCCGCCUGGAGGUGUGGCACGGCGGCCGCUGGGGGACGGUGUGUGAUGACGGAUGGGACCUGCGGGACGCGGCCGUGGCCUGCCGCGAGCUGGGCUGUGGGGGUGCGCUGGCCGCCCCCGGAGGCGCCUUCUUCGGGGAGGGCGCGGGGCCCGUGUGGCUGAGUGAGCUGGCCUGCCGGGGCAGUGAGGGACAGCUGGGGCUCUGCUCCCACCGCGGCUGGAAGGCCCACAUUUGCUCCCACGAGGAGGACGCGGGCGUCGUCUGUGCAGGUCAGCGUGUGGCCAACUCCAGGGACAGGGAUGAUCCACCUUCGAUCCUGGAGGGGGACCCCUGGCCGGGGCUGUCUGGGGAGCUGAGCCCGGGCUCUGAGGAGCCUCCUGUGACCCACGCCCCCCGCCCAGCUGGGACCCCACAGAACAACUCCAGGAAGAAGAGCCUGCGGCCGCUCAAGCAACCCAAAUCCACCAGGGCCCCUGUGCUGACGGCUGGAGCCCCCCGACAGGAGCGGCUGCGCCUUGUCUCGGGCCCCCACGGGUGCGCCGGCCGCCUGGAGGUGUGGCACGGCGGCCGCUGGGGGACGGUGUGUGACGACGGAUGGGACCUGCGGGACGCGGCCGUGGCCUGCCGCGAGCUGGGCUGCGGGGGCGCGCUGGCCGCCCCCGGAGGCGCCAGAUUUGGCCCGGGCUCAGGGCCCGUGUGGAUGGAUGACGUGGGCUGUGGAGGCGGAGAGCAGGCUCUGCGGGACUGUCCCCGGAGCCCCUGGGGUCGGAGCAACUGUGACCACAACGAGGAUGCAGGGCUGGACGGUGCCUAUCUGUAG